AUGUUUAUAGCCAUCAACCCCAGCCAAAUAUUGACAGGCAUGAAUCCAAAGCAGAGAUUUAUAGUGUCUCUGACACGAUCCUUUCUCAUUUUGACCAGUAUUUUUUCACUCUUCGACUAUGUUGAAAAUCCAAACAGUAUCAAAUCAACUAGCGAAUACAAUAACUACAAGUACCUGCUAUUUACAAAAAUCUCUCUUCUCCUAACAAUCAUUUCAGCCAUUUCUGGAAUCAUCAACAGAAUAACUGGAAACUUCCACUUUAUUAAGAACUUUUUUCUUCCAGUCUCCUUUACCUUUGAAUUUAUAGUUACCUUUAUCUAUUGGCUUUUGUUUCUGAUUGACAAAAAAUUAAUUGUCGAUAAGGAGACACUAAAACCUGGAAACGAAACCCCGCUGCUUUCCAGGCUUUCAUCGCAUGUGUUUCCCCUAAUUCUAAGCUAUAUUGAAUAUACAGACUUCACUCUGAAGCCAUGCGACUAUCACCUGAUGUUUUUUGUACUUUUCGCAAUGCUGUAUUACAUACUUGUAACUGCAUAUGCUACCUACUUUGGAAGGUACAUCUAUCCUUUCCUUGACAAUUUAGGAUUCUAUCAAAGACUGUUGUUCUUUGCUGGCAUAGCGACUGUCGGUAUUUGCAUAUACUCGGCACAGUAUAAAAUUUUUAGAAACAGAAAACCUGCACAUUGA